AUGUCUGUUGCUGACAAGGAAUUCCUUAGAAAAUACAAACUCGUACUUCAACUCUUCGACCACAUAAACCAGCCAAGCCACCAUAAAAAAAUCCAAAAAACUGCAACCAAAUUUGAAUUGGAUAAGUAUCUUAAAGAACUUGAGAAUAAAGAAGUGGCUAAAAAUAUCGAAGCAUUGCACAAGAGGGGAUAUCUUCCUAGAGAAGCCAUAUUUUCGGAGUUCAACAAAGAUCACAUCUUUGAAGCUAAAGUCAUCUUCUCUAUCUUCUACAACGCCAAGACUUUCGAUAGCCUGUAUGAAGCAGCUUGUUGGGCCAGACAAAACCUAAACAGUAGACUCUUCCUCUAUUCUUUCGGAGCUGCCUUAAUCCAUAGGAAAGACUGCAAGAGCUUCAACAUCCCUCCCAUAUACGAAAUUAGUCCCCACUUCUUCUUUAGCAGCGAUACCAUUCAGAAAGCUCAAGAACUCAAGAACAAACACUAUGGUGGCAAAUUGGAGUAUCCAAAGGAGAAAGAUGGCUUUGUGGGUUACACCAUUAAUUCUAGGUACUCCGAGAGUUAUUUGAAUCUUCACCCAGACCAAAAGGUCAUGAGUUAUUACCUGGAGGACGUCGGCAUCAAUGCCUUCUUCUACUAUUACAACCUCUAUUAUCCCUACUGGUUGAGUGGAAAAGAUUUGGGAGAGAAUGAUGUGUUUCAGAAGAGGGGGGAAGUUUUUUAUUUUCAUUCUCAACAAUCAGCUGCAAGGUUCUAUUUAGAGCGCCUGUCUAAUAACCUAGGAGAUAUAAGCGAAAUUGACUGGGAUAUGCCUUUUGAAGCAGGAUUUAAAUCUUCUUUACGUUAUCCUAAUGGUAUGGAGCUCCCGAUAAGACCGAAUUCCGCUGACUUGAAACAGCUUUACACCAAUAGGGCACAAAAACUUGGUUCUUCUAUAGAUUACGAGCGCAGCUUAACUUUAAUUAAAGACUAUUCUAGAAGAUUGAGAGAUGCAAUAGACGCAGGAGUCAUAUACCAAACGAAAGAUGGCAAACCUGUCGAGAUACUGAACGGAGAUGGUUUGAACGUAUUGGGCAACAUGGUGGAAGGCAAUGCAGACUCACCCAACUUAAGAUUCUUCGGUUCGCUAUUGUUUCACGCCCGACGACUGUUGGGCAACGCUUUCCCACCAACGCAUCCACUUUUACUAGCUCCUUCUGCUCUGGAACAUUCUGAAACCGCUCUAACAGAUCCGGCCUUUUAUCAACUCUACAAGUACGUCAACACUUUCUUCCUGAACUACAAGAAAGGUCUACCGCCAUAUACCUGGCAGGAUCUGGAUUUCAAGAACAUCCUUUAUAUCCAGAAGGUCGAGUUUGAUAAGCUGGUUACUUACUUCGACUACUUCUAUUCGGAUGUUUCAAACGCUGUGGAGGUCUCUGAAGAAGAAAUGGAGAAGGGUGGUUUUAAGGUCAGGGUUAGGCAGUACCGGUUGAACCAGAAACCGUUCAAGUACCGCAUCAAAGUGAUAUCGGAGGUGGAGCAAGUGGCAUCUGUUAGGGUGUACAUAGGGCCCAAAUACGACAAAAAUGGUGAAACCAUAGUCUUGACUGAGAACAUGAUUAACUAUGUUCAGUUCGAUUAUUUCUCCUUUAAACUGAAGAAAGGAGAAAAUGUUAUGGAGCGUAGUUCGAAUCAACUGUUUGAGUACUGCGAUGAACGUGUUAGCUACAGAGAUACCUACCAGCAAAUUCUAGAUGCUGAAGAAGACAAGACAGAGUUUAAGAUACGUCCAGAUGAAAUCUGCUUCCCCAGGAGGGUUGCCCUACCAAAAGGAUCAGUUGGAGGUACCCCCGUCCAGUUUCACAUAAUGAUCAGUCCUUACAAGAGUGGUAAUGUUAGCGGCUCCUCCGAUGAUACACUUCAAUAUCCGGUCUACAGGAUGGACGAUUAUCCUCUGGGAUAUCCUCUGGACCGACCUUUUGAAGAUCACGAGUGCUACUAUCUGCCUAAUUCACAUUUCCACGAUGCUCUGGUUUACCAUGACAACAAGAUCGAUAAGAAUUAUCCUUUCUUGUAG